ACUAAGAAUCUAACAGUAUUAAAUUAUAUUUAUUUACUAGGAUUUUGUGCACAUUCAUAUUUUAUUUAUAUUUGUUCCAUGAUAUAACCUUUUUUAUUUAGAGUUUGUAGAAUUCACCACCAAGAAGCAAUGGAAGACUUACAACUAUCUCUGUCACGACAACUUGACCUAGAUCAUGCCGGAAACAGCACAACAACCAUUCCUUUCGAUCUCAUCAUCGAUAUAUUCUCUCUACUUCCUGCAAAAUCGCUCAUCCGAUUCCUAUCCGUGUCGAAGCUGUGGUUCUCUACCAUCCGCAGCAAAACUUUUGUGGAUAUGUUCCUUACUAGGUCAAUGACUCGGCCUCGUCUCCUUUUCACGUUCUAUCACAUAGAGUCCCGGAGGAAUUUCAUCUUCUCGGCUCCUGAAUACGAAUACAGCGACGAUGGUAAAUAUUUCUCCAGUGCCAUGGCAAGAUACGACAUGACGAUCUCGGAUCUCGACCACUACAGGUUCUGUGGUUCUGUCAACGGUUUCAUCUGCUUUAUAAGUGGCGUUUCGGGCCCUUUUUGUAAUUGGAUCCCCCCUUUUAGUUCGAUCACCGUUUAUAAUCCCACCACUAGACAGCUUGUGAAGCUGCCAGACUUUACAUCCAACGGAAGAUACGUGUACGCAUGUCUUGGGUACGAUCCAGUCGAAGAUCAGUACAAGGUGUUGUGUGUGAUGAUGUUCGGCCCUGGAAGCCAAGAUAUCCAACAGGAGCAUUUCGUUUGCACUCUGAGUUCAUUUCAGCAACAAGAGUGGAGAAAGAUCGAGAACCCGACCGGAGAUAAUUACCGCAGUGUCUUCUUCGAACGGAUAUGCAUCGAUGGUGCCUUAUACUACGGAGCUGAUGAGUCAAGAAUUGUUAGAUUCGAUGUUAGAUCAGAGAAGAUUGAGUUUAUUAAAACACCACAUAUCUGGACAUCAUACCAUUCCGCUCUUAUAAAUUACAAUGGUAAAUUGGGAGUUUUAGAACGUUCUUGCACAACAAAUAUGAUGACAUUGUCGGUUCUUGAGGAUGCUGAGAAAUAAGAAUGGUCGAGCAUGACAUAUGCCUUACCUAUUGGGUGGGACGCUCUACUUGGGUAUGCAAUGACUGAAGGAGAAAUCCAUGGGAGCCAUAUGGUGUUUUGUCCACCAUUUAAUGUUUUGUAUUAUGAUUUUGAUAUAGAUUGUAUAUGUACAGUCAGGAUCCGAGGAAUAGAGGAUGGUGAUCUCAGACUCGAUGGGUUCGGCGAGCUAAUUGGUCACACGUCAUGUCGUCCAGGUCACAUUGAGAAUAUUAGGUUCUUGUGAGAUAAUAAAAUAAUAAUUAUUAUUGGUCA